CACUCGCUCCGACUACCGACUUCGCUAAAGGAUCUUAGCUAGUCCCCCCGCAAAACAUGGGACUGCUAAUACCACAUCUCUCGCGUCCUUCAUCUCCGACUGACAACUCAUAUCUUCGGCUCCUCAAUUUGGCCAACUCGAUCAUCAGCCACAGCAGCUGCAAAACAAAAACCAAAUUGCCGCUGCAGAGAGCUCCAACUAGUGAAAACCUCCGAGGAAGAUCCUGCUCUGGCCGCAUUCGAUUUACCUUCAAGCUCGCCAGGGCCGACGCCGGCCAGGAGGUCCAUUGUUAGUUCCUUGAGUGAAACACAGGAAACAGAUGGAGUGUAUCAUGACUAUCUUGCAUCUGUGCUGCAGAUCGUUAACAUUUUCUUCUCCAUCAUCAUCAGCAGCUGCUGCUGCUGGUGAAGAUGAUAAUGAUGGUGGUAUUGAAGCUAAUAUUCCCCCUCGUCGGGAAAAGUAUGAUGUGUUUAUCAGUUUCAGAGGUGAGGACACUCGCCUUGGUAUUACGAGCCAUCUUCAUGCUGCCUUACUUCAGAAGAAAAUUGAAACCUACAUAGAUUACAGACUUCAGAGAGGAGAAGAAAUCGGACCUGCCCUUCUAGAGGCAAUCGAGAAAUCCACGAUUUCGGUUAUCAUUUUCUCACAAAACUAUUCUUCCACAUGGUGUUUGGAUGAAAUUGUGCAUAUACUCAAGUGCAAGGAAAGAUAUGGCCAGAUGGUUAUACCCGUAUUCUACAACAUCAAUCCAUCUGAUGUACGAAAACAACACGGAACUUAUGCGGAUGCAUUUGCUCAACUUGAAAAACGUUUUAAGGACAAUAUCGAUAAGAUGCACAAGUGGAGGGAUGCUUUGACGACUGUAGCCAAUAUAUCUGGGUUUGAUUAUUCAAACAAAUCCGGGACGGAGGCAGAUCUAAUUCAGAAAGUUGUCGAUCAUAUUUGGACCAAAUUGUGUCACGAAUCAUCCUGCGAUUUAAAGGGCUUUGUUGGAAUUGAAAGCCAGAUCAAGCAUAUUGAAUCACUAUUAGGCAUUCAUUCACCUGACGCUUGCAUCACUGUUGGUAUUUGGGGCAUGGGUGGUAUUGGCAAGACCACCCUUGCUGAAACUGUGUUUCACAGACUCCAUUCUAAAUUUGAAGCUUGUUGUUUUCUUAGAAAUGUUAGGGAGAGAGAACAAAAAGAUGGGCUAGCACACUUGCAAAAAGAACUUCUCAGUGAGAUAUUAAAGGAAAAUGGUCUAUCCAUAGGAUCAACUUUUGUUCGAGAAAAGCUCAGCCGUACAAAGGUCCUCAUUGUUCUUGAUGAUGUGAGUAAUUCAAUGCAAAUGGAACGUCUAGCGUCCGAGCAUCUACAGUAUGGCACUGGAAGUAGAAUCAUUAUCACAAGUAGAGAUAGGAGAAUACUUAGGCAAACUGUUGAAGAGGGUAAGAUCUACAAGGUUGGGGGAUUAAAAUGGGAUAAUGCUUUUCAGCUCUUUUGUUCGCGUGCUUUCAAGAAUAACAGUACUCCUAGAACAGAUUAUAAGGAGUUGGUAAAAAAGACGGUGUCUUAUGCCGGAGGCGUUCCUUUAGCUCUUAUACUUUUGGGGUCCUCAUUCCUAAAUUGCAAGAGCAAAGAAGACUGGGAAUAUGAAUUGGACAAAUUGAAAGAAUUUCCCAAUGAAAAUAUCCAGAGUGUGUUAAGACUAAGUUACGAUGGACUGGGAAGAUAUGAGAAGGAGAUAUUUUUGGAUAUAGCAUGUUUUCAUAAUGGGAAGGAUGUCAAUGAGGUAAUAAAAAUGUUAGCUAUCCAUGGACGCUUUGUGGCGGCUGGAAUUAGAGUUCUCGUUGACAAGUCUCUCAUAUCACUUCAUCAUCCUACAUGGAAAACCAUACAGAUGCAUGAUUUGCUACAAGAAAUGGGAAGAGCAGUGGUUCAAGAACAAUGUAUUGAAGAUCCCAGUAAACGGAAUAGGUUGUUCGCUGAUGAGGAUGUAUAUCAUGUACUGAAGAGUAACACAGAAGCUCCAAUUGUUCAAGCCAUAUUCGUUAAUUGGUUUAAGAUUAAAAAGCAACCAUUGAAACGUGCAGACUUCAAAGUGAUGUCCAACCUAAGAUUGCUAAUUGUGGAGUCUCAAGGAUUUGGCAUCUACCGCAGAGACCCUUCUCUAGACCUUCCUGAUUCUCUUCGUUAUCUUUACUGGUGGGGAUAUCCACUGGAAUUUUUGCCGCCAAACUUUUCUCCUGAAAAUCUAGUUGAGCUUCACAUGCCCAAUAGCAAAGUUAAGAAGCUUUGGAAAGAAGACCAGAUACUUGUGAACUUAGAAGUUAUCGAUCUGCAUUACUCUGAGUAUCUAACUGAAGUUCCAAAUCUCUCUGGGAGUCUAAAAAUUGUGCACAUAAAUCUCGGUGGCUGUAAAAGUUUGGUUGAAAUUCCUUGGUAUUUUCAACAUCUGGACAAGCUUACUCAUCUUGAUCUUACAUACUGCAACAGACUCAAGUAUCUUCCAAUGAUGCCAGCAAAUAUUAAAUACUUAAAUUUAGAAGGAAGUGGUAUAAAGGAGUUGCCUGAAUCAGUUUGGUCUAACGAAAAUAUUUCUUACUUGAAUAUAAGUCGUUGCAAAAACCUUGAGAAACUUCCAAGCUGUGAGCUGAAAGUCUCUAAUGUUUUGGGUAUUGCGAGCUGCACAUCUCUUGGCGAGUUUUCUGAGCUUCCCAGGGAUAUAAGUAAAUUAUCAUUGGUUGGCUUCAAGAGACUUGUGAGUCUACCAACCAACAUUUGUAAGUUGAAAUAUCUCAAGGAACUCAAUCUCUCUAAGUGCUCUGAACUUGAAAACUUCCCAGAGAUCUUGGAGCCAAUGAAACAUUUGGAGUCCUUAAAUUUAAGUGGAACAGCGAUUCAAGAGCUACGCUCAUCAAUCGAGUUUCUCCCUGCUCUCAAAAGCAUUCAACUACAAGGUUGCAAAAGGCUUUCAAGUAUCACAAAGAGCAUUUGUAAGUUGAAAUAUCUCAAGAAACUUGAUCUCUCUUGGUGCACUAAACUUGAAAACUUCCCAGAGAUCUUGGAGCCAAUGCAACAUUUGAAGUCCUUAAAUUUAAGUGGAACAGCGGUUGAAGAGCUACACUCAUCAAUCGAGUUUCUCCCUCAUCUCCAAAUAAUUCAACUACAAGUUUGCAGAAGGCUUUCAAGUAUCCCAGAGAGCAUUUGUAAGUUGAAAUAUCUCAAGAAACUCGAUCUCUCUUGCUGCUUUAAACUUGAAAACUUCCCAGAGAUCUCGGAGCCAUUGGAACAUUUGGUGUCUCUUAUUUUGCAAGGGACAGCUGUCGAAAUGCUUCCUUCGUCUAUUGAAAAUCUAAUUAGGCUUCAAACUUUAGACCUUAGCGACUGCAAGAACCUUAACGAUGUCCCAACAAGUAUCUACAGUUUAACCAAUCUUAAAUGUCUCUACUUUUCUAACUGUCGGCAACUUGAAAAAUUGCCUUCCAGCUCUGUGGGUUUUCUCUCCUUAGAAGUACUAGAUCUCAAGUACAGCGGUAUAUUGGAAAUCCCUGAUAGUCUCGUUUGCUCAACCUUGCGAUCUUUAUCUCUGUCUGGAACCAAGAUUACGAGCAUACCUGCAAGCAUCAAACAAGCUUCUCGGUUGUUUAAACUCAACAUUGUCUGCUGCAAGUGGCUUCAAUCUUUACCAGAGCUCCCAGUGCUAUGUAAUGUUAAAGCUCAAGGCUGCAAUUCGUUGAAGACGGUAUCAAAUUCAAGGACAGCACUCACAUAAGGUUGGGUUUAACAUGGUCAUUUUUGCAAACUUUUUACUAAUUGCCCAAAAUUGGAUAAUAAUGCGAGCAGCAACAUAAUGGAUGAAGCACAGAUUAGAAUUAUGCGAGUGGUAACUACUGAGUACCUACUUUGGCCUUAGAUUAACGUUGGAUGCCUGGGAAAAGAAAUUCCAAAUUGGUUCAGUUACCAAAGUGAGGGAUCUUCAGUUAACAUCAAGCUUCGUCCAGAUUGGUUUCAAGCAAGUUUAUUGGGUUUCGCACUCUCAACUGUUGUUUCUAGGCUUCAAAGCCGCAGUGUGACUUAAGGGUAAGAGCUAAUUUCAUUGAAAAAAUUCACGGGUGAAAGCCAUGAACUGUUCACUUCUGAAAUCUUUAUACCAAGCAGCGGCCACGAACAUCACAUUCAUGUGUGGAAUGAGGCCUUUAGAAGUGAAGAUGUAGGAAAAAACUGCUCCCCUGAUGUUUACAAACUUGCCAAAGAGGCCUCUAUUGACUUCUGCCUGGUGGUUUCUGAAGGAUGACCUGCUUCUGCUUCCUAUAUGAAGGUGGAAAGUUGUGUUGUAUGCCAUUUGUAUGCCGAAGAUGCUGAGAAAUUCAAGUUUGAUCAUGUCUUCGUAUCGAGGGAACCAAAAGUAGAAGAAGAAACAAGAUAAGAUGACGAUUAUGAAGGUGGUGCAUAAAGAGAUGAGCCUAAAGCUAGUGGAUCAAGUGAUUGAGUCCUAAGCAAAUGAAAGUGGUGAUCAUGGGUCUGAAGCCAGUGGAACUGAAGAUGGUUCAGACUUUUAAUCCAACAAUCUUAAGCAUCAUUAUCCAAUAAAAUUAGGAAAAACUUUACAGCAAAUUUGUACUUUGGUAGCUCGCUUACUUGUCAGUCCAGGAAAAUACUUUUAAGGCUUUUAUUAUUGAGUUUUUAUCACAAAUGGUGCCUGAAUUUGACCUUCA